AUGCAAUAAGAAGGCGUCCUUGUACGGGAUACUGUGACCCGCGGAAUUAUUGAUACUUGUGCGAGCCUACGAUUUACUUCUUUCAUCCUUGGCUGAGAAUUUGCCUUUGUAAUUGUCGAUGGAGAGAGGAAGAAAGGGUUCCGCUCGGGCCCAAGGAGCAUGCUGAGGAGGGCAGGGAAGAAGGAGCAUGUGCAGCCUCAUGACAAGAGGAACCAAGAACCUCAGUUCAGGGGAAACACAGCAAGGAAAUGUGAGCCCCAGGCUGCAGAAGGAAGAGUCAGUGAAUGGCUGCAGUGUGACAACAUGCACCACCAGUGGCUGCUGCUGGCCGCGUGCUUUUGGGUGAUCUUCAUGUUCAUGGUGGCUAGCAAGUUCAUCACGUUGACCUUUAAAGACCCAGAUGUGUACAGUGCCAGACAGGAGUUUCUGUUCCUGACAACCAUGCCGGAAGUGAGGAAGUUGCCAGAAGAGAAGCACAUUCCUGAGGAACUGAAGCCAACUGGGAAGGAGCUUCCAGACAGCCGGCUCGUUCAACCCCUGGUCUACAUGGAGCGCCUGGAACUCAUCAGAAACGUCUGCAGGGAUGACGCCCUGAAGAAUCUCUCGCACACUCCCGUCUCCAAGUUUGUCCUGGACCGAAUAUUUGUCUGUGACAAGCACAGGAUUCUUUUCUGCCAGACUCCCAAAGUGGGGAACACCCAGUGGAAGAAAGUACUGAUUGUUCUGAACGGAGCCUUUCCUUCCAUUGAGGAGAUCCCCGAAAACGUGGUGCACGACCACGAGAAGAACGGCCUUCCUCGGCUCUCUUCCUUCAGUGAUGCAGAAAUUCAGAAGCGAUUGAAAACAUACUUCAAGUUUUUUAUUGUAAGAGAUCCCUUCGAAAGACUUAUUUCUGCAUUUAAGGAUAAAUUUGUUCACAAUCCCCGGUUUGAGCCUUGGUACAGGCAUGAGAUUGCCCCUGGCAUCAUCAGAAAAUACAGGAGGAACCGGACGGAGACCCGGGGGAUCCAGUUUGAAGAUUUCGUGCGCUACCUGGGCGAUCCGAACCACAGAUGGCUAGACCUUCAGUUUGGGGACCACAUCAUUCACUGGGUGACGUAUGUGGAGCUCUGUGCGCCCUGUGAGAUAAUGUACAGUGUGAUUGGACACCACGAGACCCUGGAGGACGAUGCCCCCUACAUCUUAAAAGAGGCUGGCAUUGACCACCUGGUGUCAUACCCGACCAUCCCUCCGGGCAUCACCGUGUAUAACAGAACCAAGGUGGAGCACUAUUUCCUGGGCAUCAGCAAACGAGACAUCCGACGCCUGUAUGCACGUUUCGAAGGGGACUUUAAGCUCUUUGGGUACCAGAAACCAGACUUUUUGCUAAACUAAUGCAUAGGACCUAUGAAUUCAAAUAUCUCUGUUAGACCUGGGGCUAACCAGGUGGAGGUCGAAGCCCAGAAAUGACCCUUUCUCCACCACACCCCUCCUUUUAGGAUGCCUGGGGUCUCCCACAGGGCUGUGAGUUGCUCGACAUAUGACUCAGGACCCUGACUGUUACAGCUUAGUUCGGAUGUAAGAUGCUCUGAGGACCCUGCCCCCACCCCUGCCAUUGUCAUUAGGAUGUUGCUGGCCUUUGCUUACCUCAUAGGGGAGAGAAGACUUAAGAUUUGCAGUUUGACAGCCCAGCAGGGAGGACGCAUCACACAGCGUUAGGAGCCAUUUCCCUCAGAUGUCAAGGAAGGGGAUGCCCCUGAGGUUCUCCUGGCUAGUUGGGGUGGCCUCACCUGUCACUGGGUCACUGGUUGGUUGCAGGAACAGCACCCAGCACUCUGAGGAGGGACAGAGAAGCAAGGGGACUGCUGAAACCACAGAGGCUUUUGCAGCAUCAGAUCUGAGGAAUAAAGCGGCACCUCUGGCCUUCAUCUGGGUGCUGCUACGACUGUGGAGGCAAAGCAUUCUUUCUGUGACUGUUUUGUUCCCGUGGUCAGCGAUAGCCAGAGGGUGGUGUGGUGUGUGGGGGUCCAUCU